CAUGUAUUGUACUGUACAUACAGUACAAUAACGUUACCGUUUGUGUAACUUCACCAGCCACAUCAGUGCCUGACCGUCCCGCUGCCCGCCCCCGUCCUUUUGAUCAGAGUCCCCGCCAUGCCACAUUCUCCCAAGCAAGCAGUGCGAAGCACGCCCACACCUUAGGUUCAGUCCAGGACUCCAGGAAGCCCUGCGCCCCUCCCCACCACCCAGCCGCAGCGCGAAUCCACCAUUCCACCUGCAGCCCAGAAGUCCUACCCCCGUUAGGAAGCACUAAUCAAAUUCCCCCCUCCCCAGACUCAGCUCUCUCUCUUUCUUGGGUUGACCAGCUCGACGCCGCAGCCCGCCCACCUUGCCGACUUUCGCUCACCCCCCUCCCCUUCUUUCUUCCCUUUAAUACUCCAACUUGUCCUGUCCUUCCCCUUAUGAGUUCUUUGAACUCUCGCCUGAAAGGCUUUGGUUUUGGUAAACGCAAAUCGAGCGCCGCCUUCCAUCCCCAGAGUGGGAACGCUCCGAGUCCCAGUGUCGCCCAAAGCCAGACCCCGCCCUUGGUAGCCCCUCAAAUACCGCCCUUGUUCCCUUCGCCGCCGGGUCCGGCCCCGUCGAGUGCAUCCGACACGUCCCAAUCGAGCCUCCCAAUGAAUCAUCCAGGCGCUGGUCCUCGACCGCCCAGCUACUCAGCGACGAACUAUCCUCCAGGUCCUCCCAACGCUAUUGGCCGCACGAGCCCGCUCGCGAACCAAGGCCCGGCCCGAACUCCACCCUCGCAAAUGGUUGGAGGCCCGCCGCCCAUCAACACCGGCGCCCCUCCGGUCGCCGGGUAUCCGCCACCCGUUAUGGGAGGUGGCCCUCCUCCCGUUCCUGGCGGGCCGCCCGGGUAUGCAGGCCCUACUGGCUACCCUCCCCCGCCGCCCCAAGCCGCGGGCCCUAUGGCUCCGUUCACGCGGAAUGCGGCUGCCGAGGUUGAGGGCAACAGCCGGAGUAAGGCGCAGCUAAUUGUCGGCAUCGACUUUGGCACCACCUUCUCCGGUGUGGCGUUUGCCUUUGCUACAAACAACGAGGCGAAGGAGGACAUUAUUACUGAAUGGCCUGGUGCUGGCUCAUACACAAAGCAGAAGAUUCCCACGGUCCUCUACUAUGACCAGUAUCAGAAAGUGGUUGGCUGGGGCCCAGAUAUCGCCGACGCCCUUGCGCCGACGGGAUAUCCCAAGCCUGGCGUGCAGAAGGUUGAGUGGUUUAAGCUUCAACUAAUGCUGUCAGGCAACACGUACAUUGACCCCAUUAAUCUCCCUCCCCUGCCGCCAGGCAAGUCCGAGAUUGAUGUGGCAGCCGAUUAUCUCUUCAAGCUCCGGCAGGCUAUGCGGGCAGCCCUCCAGAAGACGCUGGGUGAGGUGUUUAACCGCGAGGAGAGGAACAUUCGCUACUAUUUGACUGUCCCUGCUAUUUGGAACGAUGCCGGCAAGGCCGCCACUAGAGCCGCGGCCAUUCAGGCUGGUUUCCUCCGCGACGAGAACGACAACCGGCUGACGCUGGUCAGCGAGCCCGAGGCUGCCGCCUUGUUUUGCUCAAAGACCGGACUGCUGAACCUCAAGGUACACGAUGCCGUGCUGAUUGUCGAUUGCGGUGGUGGUACCGUCGAUCUUAUCGCAUACGAAGUCGAAGAUGAGAACCCCUUCACCGUGGCCGAAUGCACGGCCGGGUCCGGCGACUCAUGCGGGUCGACCGCCCUGAACCGGAAUUUCAGCAAUAUCCUGCGGACAAAGAUUCGGAAGAUGAAACUGCCUGAUGGCUCUAAGACGGCCGGACGUGUCUAUGCCAAGUGCAUCAUGGAUUUCGAGAACCGGAUCAAGGCAGACUUCCGGAACAAUGGUCAAAAAUGGGCCGUGGACGUUGGUAUCGAGGCCGAGUUUCCCGAGGCGGGCAUCGAGGAGGGCUACAUGACCUUCACCAACGAGGAGAUUCUGCAGUGCUUCGAGCCCGUGGUCAAUCGCAUUCUCGAGCUCGUCAGGAACCAGAUCAUUGCCAUUCAGGCGCAAAAUCGCACGCUCCAGAACAUCCUGGUCGUGGGUGGUUUUGGUGCGUCGGAAUAUCUCUUUCAGCAAAUCAAACUCCAUGUACCACCGCAGUUCCAGUCCAAGGUCGUCCGGCCGAUGGACUCGGUGGCUGCCAUCGUCAAGGGUGCCGUCACGGCCGGCAUCACGGAGCGAGUCAUCACUCACCGUGUUGCCCGUCGCCACUACCUCAUGGCUACGCUGCAACCGUUUAAGGAGGGCUAUCACCCAGAGGCAUACCGAGUACCGUCCCUUGACGGCAAGGACCGUUGCAAGUUCACACGCCAAAUUUUUGUCCAGAAGGGCCAGAAAGUCAAGAUUGGAGAGCCUGUCAAAGUGUCAUUCUUCCGACAAGUCGCUCCUGGCGCCACGCUGAUGUACGAGGACAUCCUGUACGCCUGCGACGAUGACGUUUGCCCGGAGUACACCAAGGAUCCCAGAAUCAAGGAGGUGGUGACCCUUACGUCAGAUCUUUCACGCAAGAACUUGGAGAAGGAUUUUGAACGGAUGGAUACACCGCAGGGAACGUUCUACCGCGUCUAUUUCGACAUUUACCUUACUCUGGACGGCUCAGAAUUCAGCGCCGAGCUUGUCUGCCAAGGUGAGGUCAUGGGUCGCUGCCGCGCACGUUUUAGAUAAGACGGAGUUGGUUGAUGAGAGUUGUUGCUAUUGAUUUUGCACCGCACCGGAUCUCCACAAUGAUACCUCUUUGAAAGUACAAUGGGUAGCGUUUCGCAUAGCGGGCAAAUUGACGCUCCUACCUUGAAGAAACAAAAAACACAGAUGGCUGGGUCUUCGACUGGCAUGUGGUGGAGCCGGAUCGUGAGACGAGGAAGAUGCAUCAGGCCGACAGCCCACGCAAGAACACGAUUUGUAUUGCCGUGAGCAGGAUGAUGUGGUGAACCGAUUUUCACGGUUCAAGGCACGGUACCUUCAGCCUUGAGAACAAGGAAGGGAAGGGCACCUCCUAAUUUGAAUUCUAAGAG